AUGUCGAUGAGCCCAAAGCAUACGACUCCUUUCUCAGUGUCUGACAUCUUGAGUCCCUUGGAGGAAAGCUACAAGAAAGUGGGCAUGGAGGGUAGCAACUUGGGGGCUCCCUUGGCAGCCUACAGGCAGUCUCAGGUUUCUCAGCCAGCAAUGCAGCAGCACCCCAUGGGCCACAACGGGACAGUGACUGCUGCCUACCAUAUGACAGCGGCAGGCGUCCCCCAACUCUCCCAUACCACUAUGGGGGGCUACUGCAACGGCAACCUAGGCAACAUGGGCGAGCUUCCACCUUACCAGGAGACCAUGAGGAACAGUGCUUCAGCCACAGGAUGGUACGGGGCCAACCCGGACCCGCGCUUCUCUACAAUAUCCCGCUUUAUGGGGCCGUCUUCUGGAAUGAACAUGGGCGGCAUGGGGAGCUUGAGCUCGCUGGGAGACGUUAGCAAGAGCAUGGCACCUCUCCAGAGCACUCCACGGAGGAAACGCAGGGUCCUUUUCUCCCAGGCCCAGGUUUACGAGCUGGAGAGACGUUUCAAGCAGCAGAAAUACCUCUCGGCUCCGGAGAGAGAGCAUUUAGCCAGCAUGAUACAUCUCACUCCGACUCAGGUCAAAAUCUGGUUUCAGAACCACCGCUACAAGAUGAAACGCCAGGCCAAAGACAAAGCUGCGCAGCAGCAGAUGCAACAGGACAACAGCUCUUGCCAACAGCAGCAGUCUCCCAGAAGAGUGGCGGUGCCCGUGCUUGUCAAGGAUGGCAAGCCAUGUCAAGCCGGCUCCAACACACCGACGGCAGCUAUCCAGACCCAUCAGCAGCAGGCAGCUGCAGCAAUCACAGUGGCUACCAAUGGCAACAGCCUUGGACAGCAUCAGAACCACCAGCCAAACAGUGCAGGGCAGUCUCCAGACCUGGGACAGCACUCAGCCAGCCCUUCGUCUCUCCAGAGCCAGGUCUCCAGUUUGUCUCACUUAAACUCUUCUAGUUCUGACUAUGGCACUGCCAUGUCUUGCUCUACCUUGCUCUACGGUAGGACCUGGUGA